AUGCAGAGCGGCGGCGCCGCGUGCCGCCACUUUGGCGCAAGCUUCGUCAGCUGCGGCGUCAUCGCGGCGCUGUACCACGGCUGCCCGCCCGGCGCCGCGCGGCGGCUGCUGCGCAAGCUUGACUACUGGAGCAUCUGCUACACCAGCAGCGUCCUGCGCGGCGCGGUCGGCGCCCGCGCGCCCCGCGCGCUCGGCGCCGCGGCCGCGCUCGCGACGCCGCUCAAGCCGAUCCUCGUGAUCGGCUGCAACCUGCUGGCCAUCGAGGCCCGCUUCGUCGCGGCGGCGGUGCGGCACGCGGCGCUGCGCGGCGCGCUGUGCCGACACGCGGCGGCGGCCGCGGCGGGGGUCGCGGCGUUCUUGAUGGACGACAUUCUGGUUCUGGAGAAGGGCUUUGCACCCGUGUUUCACCCAGCAUGGCACGUGCUGUCGUCUGUAAGCCUAGCGCUGUUGUCGCCGCUGCUGGUGCACUGCGAGGGCCCGCCGCUGCUGGAAGGGGCGCAGGCGCUGAUCAGUGGCGCCCCAUAG